AUGUCAAACAGGGGGUAUGUUGUUUUAUUUUGUUGUUUUUUGUUAUAUUUAGGUGUUAGUUGCAGUAGAAUGUUAGUAAAUGGCAGUUUCGGCUAGAAACUUGAGCUUUUUUGCAUGAUUUUAUCGAUAGUUGUGGGUGCUUCGGAGUUGUUGUUGGAAAACUACAUUUCAAAAGGAUUUUAUGUAUCUUUUAGCUUUAGAAGAUAGAGAAAAGCUUUGGGAAGGUAUUUCAAUUGGUUUUAGGGACACAAAUUUAGGUUGGCUAGCCUUUUUCUUUAAUAUUAAGUUAGACACGCUUGAUGGGAUGUAUAACUCUUUAGCUGUUUUGCUACAUAUGUCGGCUCAAAUUAGUUCAAAUGGGUAUAAAGUUUUGUAAGAACGAUUUUUUUACAGAUUAACAGAAAGUUUUGACGAGACACCUCGCCGAAACGACAAGGCACGCCGACAAACGGUGAACCUCUCACUUUCACGGUCAUUGAUUUUCGGUACGCCAGACAGUGAAGAUUCUCAAGACUCAGUUAAAGCUGAAGAUGUGAAAAAUGUGUCUAAAUUGGAUGAAUCUACGAAAAAGGUUGAAGAAGAUGGCGAUAUUAUCGAUAAGGAGAAGUUACUGAGCUGUUUGGAUAACUAUUGUGAAAAGAUUUAUCAGGAUGGGAGAGAUGAAGAGUUUGUGGAUUUGAAAGGCUUUGAUAUUGAUGUGAGUAACUUUUAAAAUUAAAUUUGUUAUGUUUUAUAGGUAUUUUAUAUUUUUUGGCAGUUUUCUGAUAUUAUACUAAGCAGCCUAUGAGAACCUUCUAAAAACUAUGCUUUUAAUAUAUUUUUACGCUUAUAGAAGUGCAAUGUGAGCUUGGAAGACUUGCAAGAAGUAAAACAAACGGCUGAGAAGAUCGUGAGAGCUGAAGAUCAUACCGGGAUCAGUAAUGUUGAUUUAGAUAGAGCUGUCGAAGCAGGAGCGAUGGCUUUUGCCAAUUGUAAUAUAAUGACUAGAAAUCGACACAAAUGUUUGAAGCGUCGUGUUAGUGACUCACAUAUUCUAUAUCAACCGUUGCCUUAUGAUGGAAGGAUUAAAAAAUAUGUGGAGAACACAUUGAGGUAAGUCAUGAUGGAUAAUAUGUAUGUUAAAAUACGAAUGUUAUGUUUUUUUGCAGUUUUUUAAUCUUUGAGGCUUUAAUUUGAUAUCUUGAGUUCAGAAAUUGUUCACAUUUGAAAGAAUUAGGCCAAAAAUGUUUUAUAGGUACCCAUGUUAAUAUAAUUUAUACCUCCAAAUUUCAGCCAACGUGAAAACCAAAUAGUGGAGACUUUUGUGGAUUUUAAAACGGAAGUCAAAGCAAAGUACGACGUGUUGAAACGUGUUGACGAACUCACAAAAUUAGGUAUGGAAUUUCAUAUUUUUUGUGAAAUACGUUUUUCAACUCAGCAAUGGUAACUUUAGAAAACUAAAAUAAAGUUUUUUGAGUUCAUUUACAUUUUAAAACAUUAAUAAUGUUUUUAGAUAAGUUACAAGAACUGCCGGAAGCUAAAAAGCUACGAAAUGGAAGGAUAAAGUCGAAUAAUGUGGAUGAAAACCUAAUGAAAACACCUCCAAAUGCGUGCAAACUUAAGAAUCCAUUGUCGUAUGAACUUGUAAGUUUUUUUAUUUUACAUUUUAUUAUUUUUACCUUAUUUUUAAUAAUUUUGAGCUUAUGUAUUCAUGAUAGCGUAUGACAUGUAUAAAAACCAAAAAUAGAUAUUAAAAGUAAAGUGUCACAAAAAUAUACUAAAUUGCGCUUUCUAGGGAAUAUAGAGAAAAUCGAAAUCAAAAAAUUACGUUUUGAAUUUCCCGCCAAAUUGGCGUUGUGUUUCAAGCAUAUAACUUUGUCAUUUUGUGACUUUUAAUCAUUUUUCUUUGGUAUAAUAGGAGAAAACGUUUAAAUGAAUUAGAGUUUUAAAUUUGUAAGCGUAUGUUGUCUGGAAAGUCGGGAAAAGGGCUUGAAACACAAUGCCAGAUUUGCCAAAAUGACGGAAAAUCUUAAAUAUUUUAAUUUUAAAAAACUUGAAAACAAGAGUUAAAAUGUUUUAUGGGUACUAUUGGUGGUACAAAGAAUUCAUAUAAACAUUUUGAGCUGAUUUUGAGUGGGACAGGUUGGGCACUUUUCUUGUUAUUUGAACAACCUAAUAGUUUUAAAAAAGGUCAAAAUUCUGGGCAAUUAUUUACUUUUGAUAAUUUUUCUACAAUGUAUAGCAAAGCUGAAUGUUAUUGGAUAAUGUAUGAUGAUUAAAAUGAUUUUUUUUUAGAUAAUGGACGACUUCCUGGACCAAAAAGCUGAAGAAUUCAUCGAAGUGAACAAAGUAGCUCAACAACGUCGGAAGACUCUAGCCAAGCUUUCUCAAUAA